GCUGUCCUCAACAGUUGUGUACAAGAUAAAAUUGACCAAAUUCAGUCGACAGUGUUGGAAAAGAAGCUCGGCCAAAGAGCAUUGGAGGUUUCCCUGAUAGGACAACCAGUAGGCCUGUUACUACUGAAUGGACAAGGGCAUGAACACUCGGAGGACUCUCUGGAGCUUUUCUUUGAGAGUACCAAAAGUGGAGGGCAGGAAGAUUGUGUCAAGUCCGUGGCUCACAAGGAUUCAGGGAUUACAGUCAUACCAUUCUUGUCCAGUUCAUUGCCAACAGCUGUGGAAAAUAUCCUGCGGAAGGGGCGUCAGUCUGGUCAUGUCCUCAAUAACAAGACUAUGACAGUUUUACCGUACUAUCCAAUUUUCCAUGACUCUUUGAUCAACCAGCCGAGAUGUAACGAGGCAAGGAUGCCUGAUCCACAACCCCAGCAUGCCAUGGAGUCUGACAAACCGGACAUACAGGAACACCCUCCUACACCCAGCCCUGAUGAUCCCCCAUUUAUAGCUCAAAUUAUAGAGGAAGAUGGGUAUCAUCCUGCUCCAAAUGACAAUUCCGACAUUACUAAUGAUGAUCUGGAUACAUCCACCAGUGGAAAGGGUCAAGGUAAAAAAUUUCCAAGGGAAGGUGGCCAUACAUUAUUGAAACCAGAUCCACCCAAUAGAGAAAGGAAUAAAGCUCAAAUGCUACCAUUGGAAGAUGACCACACCUUAUUGCCAAAUAAAGGAGCAAAUAAUAAACCUGGGAAGGUGACAUUCCUUGGUGAUUAUUCACCUAAUGGAAAUAGGGAACAGCAUCAACCUGAACCUACUGUGUUAAAACCAACUGUUAGCCAUGAACGAGUUAAACAGCCCAAUGAAAAAAACCGAGGUCAAAAUCUAGCAAGGGCCACGGAGACAAAAACCAUACAUUUACCCAAGCACAAGAUCAUUCUUCUGAGAAUAUCAAGUUUUGGACGGAAAAUGAACAAUGUUAGUAUAGAACUGAAUUCAGAAAAAGAGGAAGUAAAAAUUUCAGGAACACGAGAGGAUAUAGGAAUCACCACUGAUGAAAUGCUUAAUAAGCUCAGAGAGGUACAGCAACAUGAUCGUAAAGUAUCUCAUGAAACAGCUGUCUUACUCGAACACAAAAUGAGAAUACCCGAUUUUACAAGACAGACUUUGAUAGGUGACAAGAUCUACGCCCAUGUGACUUGCUUAGUAAAGGAAAGCAAUGUUAGAGCCUAUGCUUUGCAGAGGGAUCAUGCCAAGAGAGCUGUGGACAAGAUGCUGUCUCUGACUGACAGCGCUGACAUUGGCUAUACCGAGUGUCACUUUAAGUAUCUGGCUAGUCCUGCCUGGCAGAAUCUUGUCCAGAAAUGGGAGGGGCUAGGUCAGGCCAAGAUCAAAUUGAUGAAACCUGAGAAAAAGAUCAGAAUAACUUCACUUAUAUCACCUGCUGAUAUGGCCAAAGACAUUGAAAAAGAACUAGAAAAAUUCAGUAAUGUAACAGGAAAACCUAUCUCUGUAGAUGGAGGCCAGGGCAAGAUACUGAACUACUGUCUCCAGGGAAAGUUGAGGCAGAUAGAGAGCGAUGUCAGAAAUGCUGGUGGUCAGAUGGAUCAUGGAUACAAGGCUGGUACCUACCUAAUUACUGUUCAGGGCAGUCCAAGUAUCGUCCAGAAAUCUGAGAGCCAGCUCCGCAACCUCACAUCUAGCAUCUGGGAGGGCACUAUCCACCUCAGCAGACUGGAGGACAAAUCAAGACCCCCCUCAGAUGAAGAAGUUACUGUUAUGAUAGAUGGCCUAUCAUCAGAGAAGGGGAAGGAAUUCCUGAAGAGAUUCAGCAUAGAGCACUCGUGUGUUGUUCUUUUUACUCCCAAGCUAGGAUCUAGGCAUGGAUCCAGGUCUGAUGAGCCAAGGAAUAUAAAUUUAAAGCGAUCAUCAUCUAUGCCAGUCCUCGACCCUCCCCCUCCCCGCUCGCACGUGUACGACAGACACCAAACAAAUGCCCGGGUAGAGAAGUCAGCCCAUGGCCAGAACAUCCCAUAUCAACCUAAACACAGAGCGAGAGAGCCAUAUGGACGUGGAAACAGAGAAUUCCAUGGACAUGCACAUAGAAAUUCAGAAGAUUUUUCUGGCCAAAGGAAAUCUGAGAGAUAUUCCAGACUUACAAAAUCUAUUAAAGUUGGAAACUGUACUAUUACUGUCAAGAAAGGUAGCAUCACAGAGGAAAUGGCCAGUGUUUUGGUGAACGUAGUUGGAGAAUCACGGAUAUUCACCGAAAGUUUAAUUUCAAGAAAGUUUUGUGAUGUUGGAGGCAAUGCUUUGGAGAAGGCUUUCAAAAGGUUUGACUUUGGAGGCAAUGUAGUUUUUACCGUGAGUUCUGGCGGCCUCCUGUGCCAGAAUGUGUGUCACAUGAUCUUACGGAAAUGGCAACAUGAUCAGAAAACAACGCUGAAGCAUGAAAUAGAGUCAGCUCUUGCGGAGACAUUUUCGAUGGCAAAAAAUCUGAGGGCAACAUCAAUUGCCUUCCCCGCUGUUGGUACAGGAAGACUCCUAGAGUACCCUGUUCCAUUCAUAGCUGAGUGUAUGGUAUCGGGGGCCAUCACAGCCUGUAAAAAGGGCACCAGUCUAGAUCUGACGGAUGUGAGGUUUGUUAUCUACGACCCGCAACAACUGGAGGUUUUUAUCAAACAACUGGAGGAGAAGGAGGAAGACAGGAGUGACUACCCAUCUCAACGUCCUACUUCUCAAGCACAAGCUCCCUUCCAUUCACCUGGCAACGGUAGACAGGAAGCAAUCAGUCCUUUAGCACUUCCAAGGCCAAGGUCAGACACUUCACCUGGCUGUAUGACCUUGUUCUGUACACCAAAGGAGAAGGGAAAGCAGCUUCAGAGCUCUCUCUCAGCAGACAUGAGGAAAAACUUCCUAGCAAAAGAAAAAAUACAACUUCAUACUGAUAAAGUGGAAAAGAAGAGUAUUCAUCAACUUUGUAGUGGAAAAGCUGCUCGAGUGAAGAUUGAACAGGAUAAGAAGAAGAUUACAGUAUUUGGUGAGAGGGAUGCUGUACUUUCUGUUACAAAGAAUGUGUAUAAGCUUCUCCAUGAAUCUUCAGCAGAACGAGCACCCAAAAGAUAUACCCCACCUGAUAGAGCUAAACACGGUACACCAGUUUAUUGGCAGGAACUGUAUGAGAAUCCUCCUACUCCUCAGUACUGGAAGCACUUCAAGAAUGGCUACAGUUUGAUGGACCAUGCAAGAAUACUUUUUAAACAACCCAGUAGAACAGAAAUAAUUACAGUUGACCCAGUGACCUUUAGGUUUGUAAAGUCAUUGGUGGAAAAAACAUUUAUACGUCAUUUAGUUGGCAAAGGUAAUGAUGCCCACGGGUUGUCUCACUCUCAGUUGGUGGUCAGGAAGGUGGAAAGGAUUGAGAAUUUUUCACUGUUUGAAGGAUAUUCUAAUGAGAGGAGACUGUUCUUCAAACAUAAAGCAAAAGGAAGCAGUAGGUGUCUGGCUCUGGAGGCAACCUCACAGCAAACGAAAGGGGCUAUCCAAACCUCUAAGUAUAUUGACAGCCAUUUGUUGUCUGACACGUUCAAAGACAUCAAUGAGCAUUACUUCUUCCAUGGAACUGAUGAUGAGCGCAUCAAGAGGAUCUCCGAGAGUGGACUGGAUCCUCGCUAUGGGGGUAACGGCAUGUUUGGUCAAGGUAUUUAUGGAGCUGAGUGUUCCAUCAAGGCUGACCAAUAUGCAGACUCGGCAAAGACCCGGCAGUUGGGAGGAAGGAAGAUGCUUCUGAUGCGACUAUUACUUGGUGACAUGUUUGUAACCUCCACACCCUUCAAGUACAGUCUGCCACCAUGUAAAACUUGCAACAAGGAGAAGUGUAUCAAUCAUAGUUACACCUAUAACUCUGUAGUAGCUGACGGACAAUGGCUUUUCAGGGAGUUUGUUGUUUACGACAAAAAUCAAUGUUACCCCGAGUACAUAAUUACAUAUGACCGCCAGUGAGAUUGAGGCAGAAAUAACGUGCUAUGUAUUUAUGACCAUGCACUUUAUUUUCAAUCUGAUUUAUCAUUAUUUAUAAGUGUGUGAUACAAAGUGAAUUAAGGAACACAGUAUAACAUGUUUUAUUUACCAAAUUUCUCAAUUUUUAUAUGUACAAUGUAACAUCCCCUUGGUUCUUUUAACUUGUGCCUGUACAAUUUUGAGAUUAGUUGGGAAAGUUGCCAGGUAGCCGUCUUAGAUUUUUACUGUUAAAAUUGACUAUCAUUACUACUCAAGAAAAACUAGAUAGAAUUCUCUGAAAUAACUGAUUUGUAACAGGAGAAAGAGAAAUGAAACGUCCAGACUGGGAAUCGAACCCGGCACCCUCCAAGCUCUAGCUUUAUCAGUUGAGCUACCUGGUCGCCGAUGAUUGACUCAGUCCAGUUCUGCUACAUUCCUACUACCUAUUUCUAAUCUUCCACCCAAAGACACAACUAUUUACAACUUAGGUUCCGAUAUCCCCUUACCAAGCAUUUACCCAGUGCUUGAAACAAAAGUUGGCCAACUUUGUAACAGGAGAAAGAGAAAUGCAACAGCCAGUUCAGGUUUCAAACCUGGCACCCUCCAAACUCUAGACGGAUGCUCUACCAAUUGAGCUACGUACCUUUUUUGCUGAUGAUUGACCCAGUCCAGCU